CUCCUCCCCCUUACCAGUGCCAUCCACCACCUACCUCCCCAAGUCUCAACUCCUCGACACUCGCCAUGGCUGGAGCAGUGGACUUCGCGAACAUUGCUCAGCAAUUCGUCAAGUUCUACUAUGAGCAGUUCGAUACCAACCGAGGAAAUCUCGGGGCUCUCUACCGCCAUCAAUCCAUGCUCACCUUCGAGGGCACCCCAGCGCAAGGUGCAGACGCAAUCCUCGAGAAACUCCAAAGCCUUCCCUUCACAUCAGUCCAACAUCGCACCGACACCCUGGAUGCGCAACCCUCUAGCGAAGAAGGUGGUAUCCUAGUCUUAGUCACAGGCGCAUUACUGGUCGAGGGAUCGGAGCGACCGAUGAGCUUCACGCAGACUUUCCAGCUUCGCCCCGAAGCCGGCACUUUCUACGUCUUCAACGAUGUGUUCAGACUGGUCUACCCAGCCGCCUAAAUAAACGAUCAACCUUCAUAGCGACGACACGACAAGAGCAUAAGCAUACGAGAGCAAGGGCGGGCAGGAAUAAGGGUGUGGCCGGAGUGAUUUUGGGCGGGAGGAGUGAAUAGGCGUGCAUGAAGCCGUAAUUUCUCCAGCCUUGUUGGCUUGAAGGAGAGGCUGUCGGAUGGGAGUCUUUACAGCGGCAGGAUUUCCUUUAAAGAGGCACAUCACAGAAUAAAUACUCAGAUUCAACC